AUGUCUCAUGUAAGUGAAAUGUGGUGCUAUCACUGGAAAUGGAAGCUGCAGCACUGUCUCUGCUUGUUUACCACUUAUAUUAUAUGCAUGCAGCAAGCAGCUCACGGAUGCUACGACUGUAGGAUCGUGCUAACUGACCCCUCUGGAGUUUUCACUUCUCCAUGCUUCCCCAGUGAUUAUCCCAACAGCCAAGCGUGCAAGUGGAUCAUUCGAGCACCUCAUGGAUACAUCAUACAGCUAACAUUUGUCGAUUUUGAUAUUGAAGAAGCUCCUGGCUGCAUUUAUGACUCACUGACAUUAGACAAUGGAGAAAGCCCAAUGAACCUUUGUGGCAUCACUGCCAAAGGAUUAUCCUAUAACUCUACUGGAAAUGAAAUGGUUGUGUCGUUUAAAAGCGACUUCAGUAUCCAAAAGAAAGGUUUUAAUGCCAGCUACGUACGAAUUGCUGUGUCUCUGAGGAAUCAGAAAGUCAUCAUUCCCCAGGUUCCUGACGUUGAUGCUGUGUCCGUGGCAGAGACUGUCUCAGUGCCAGACCUUAGCCAGUUUACACUGUGCUUUGAAGCAACCAAGGGCAGCAGCGAUGACAACGACGACUGGAAGGUUUUCUCCUACACCGAUGCGUUUUCGACAGAAUUCUUCAGCUUCGGGAAGACCACAAAAGGCCAUUUUCUGUCCAUCUCAGGCAUGCAGUGCAUCCUAGAGAAUGCCUUGCCCCGAAAUGCAGAGUUUUUCACAGGGACCUUUCAACAGCUCUGCGUCGUAGGGGAUAGCUUCUCGGGCAGUAUAGGUGUAUAUGCCAAAAGCACCUAUCAUAUAGUGUACUGUCCGGAGAUCUUUGGCAAAGUUAUCCCUGGAAACGGGAGGCUGGUGCUGGGCUCUAACAGCAAUGAAGUGAACUCUCUAAAUGGGGACGUUUACAACUUCCGCCUCUGGAAUUUCACCAUGAAUGCGCAAACACUGGCCAACCUCAGCUGCGAUGUGAAAGGAAACAUUGUAGACUGGGAAAAUGAAUUCUGGAGUAUUCCAACUUCAGCACUGAAAGCAGAAAACAAUUUGAGUUGUGGUUCAUACCUAAUUCCCUCUUCUACAAUUGAACCAACCAGUUGUGCAAAUCUGGGAAACCUUUGCCAAGCUACUGUAAAUGCUACUACUCCUACACCACCCACUGUCACCACUAACAUGCCUGAUACUAAUAGAAACGAUAAGCCAAACAAUGGUGGGCUAUUCUACAGGAUAUCUAUAACCGUCUCUAGUUCCAACUCAGUGUCGAAAGUACAUGAAGUGGUUGCAGAAUGGCUAAACCGUACUUUCCAGAACUGGAAUUACACUGUGUAUGUGGUCAAUAUCAGCAUCCACCCUGGCUCUGUAAAAGAGGGAGCAAGAGAAAAAAGAAGUAUUAAAAGUUUUGAGGUUUUGGCCCUUCUGGUUUAUAAUUCUACCAACAACAUCGAUUUAGAAGAGGAAGAAAUCCGACAGAAACUCAUAAGGAAUAAUGGGACCAUGGAAGGAGGAUAUAAGCUUCAUACUGUGGAUGUUAAUCCAGUAGAAAAGUGUUCAGCUGAAGAAAAUCCUCCAAACUAUUUUUGGCCAGAUACCAGACCGACUGUGACCAACUUCACAUUAUGCCAUGGGAGCUCAGUUCAGACUGCAUCAAGAACCUGCUAUUUGGGUCUGCAGAAUUAUACAUCAUACUGGGGCCAGCCUGAUCUUAGAAAUUGCACAGAAAAUGCCGCUGAUAUAGCCAAUCAGCUUCUGAAUCUCACUGGUGAAGGGCAGCAGCUAACCUCAGACAAAGUUAAUGAUGUUGUGCAGAAGCUCAAAAAAAUUGUGAACGAUGAAGAAAUUGAUGAAUCUCUGGGUUCUACCGUGGUGACAAUUUUUUCCAAUAUUCUAACCAGUUCAGACAGUGUAUUGGCAGCAUCAUCUUCAGAAGCUCUAAAAACUAUUGAUGCCUUGGCUUUAAAGAUCCAGUUCACUGGACCAUCCAUGAGUAUUUCAACACGAAACCUGGCGCUUGGAGUGUCUUCUAUAAACUCAACUUCAUUCAAAGGUGGUUCUUUUAGUGUCAGUCCACAGAAUAAUGCAUCUGAUUUCCAGAUAGAUUUUGACAAGGAUCAGACAAAUGCCUUCGCUUCUGUUGUUCUGCCACCAAGUUUACUGAAGAAUUUAAGUCAAGAUGAGUUUGAAGUUAUAUCCAGGGCUCAAUUUACUUUCUUCAACAAAAAUGGUCUUUUUCAGGAUGCAGAAAAUCCUGCCAAUUUGACCAGUUUUGUGGUGGCAUGCAGUAUUGGAAACAUAACCAUUCAGGAUCUUCAGGAUUAUGUGAAGGUUACAAUUAAGCAUACUAAAAUUCAGGAAGAUCCUAAGCCUACCUGUGUCUUCUGGGAUAUGAACAAAAACGAUGGCAAUGGUGGCUGGAACCCUGCGGGCUGCCAAGUGGAUGCAGAGUCCAAUGAAAAUGAGACAGUUUGCUUAUGCAACCACCUCACGCACUUUGGGGUCCUAAUGGACCUUCAGAGAACCGUUACACAAAUAGACCCACAGAAUACCAAGGUCCUCACCUUUAUCACUUACAUAGGCUGUGGAAUAUCUGCUAUAUUUUCAGCUGCAACUCUUCUGACAUAUAUUGCAUUUGAGAAGUUGCGAAGAGAUUAUCCAUCCAAAAUCCUGAUGAAUUUGAGCACAGCCCUGCUCUUUCUUAACCUGAUCUUCUUGCUUGAUGGUUGGAUUGCAUCAUUUGACAUAGAUGGCCUCUGCAUAGCUGUAGCUGCACUUUUGCACUUUUUUCUUCUGGCCACCUUUACGUGGAUGGGACUAGAAGCUGUUCAUAUGUACAUCGCUCUAGUGAAAGUAUUCAACACCUAUAUACGGCGAUAUAUACUGAAGUUUUGCAUCAUUGGCUGGGGUUUUCCAGCUCUGGUGAUAGCAAUUGUUUUAGCAAGUGCUAAUACAAAUGCAAGUCAUGUUUAUGGCAAAGAGUUAUAUGGCAAAGACGCUAAUGGGCAAGGAGGAGAUGACUUCUGCUGGAUCAAGAAUGAAGUUGUGUUUUAUGUGACUUGUGCCGGCUACUUUGGAAUCAUGUUUCUGAUGAAUGUUGCCAUGUUUAUUGUGGUGAUGGUGCAGAUCUGUGGGAGGAAUGGGAAAAGAACUAAUCGGAGCCUGAAGGAAGAGAUCCUGAGGAACCUCCGUAGUGUGGUCAGCCUGACCUUCCUCCUGGGCAUGACGUGGGGCUUUGCCUUUUUUGCCUGGGGUCCCUUAACUCUUCCUUUCCUGUACCUCUUCUCAAUUUUCAAUUCAUUGCAAGGUUUAUUUAUAUUUGUAUUCCAUUGUGCCAUGAAAGAAAAUGUGCAGAAACAAUGGAGGAGACAUCUCUGUUGUGGCAGAUUCCGACUGGCAGACAAUUCAGAUUGGAGCAAAACAGCAACCAAUAUUAUAAAGAAGAGUUCUGAUAAUCUUGGGAAAUCCUUAUCCUCUAGUUCCAUUGGCUCCAAUUCAACCUACUUAACAUCCAAAUCAAAAUCUACAACAACAACAUAUUGCAAACGGAACAGCCAUACAGAGAAUGUUUUUCUUGACAAGCCGUCUUCAAAAUUUGCUCAAGAGGAUGGAGAACAGACAUCAAUCAUCCCUGUCCACCAGGUUAUUGACAAGGUCAAGGGAUACUGCAAUCCGCACUCCGACAACUUCUAUAAAAAUAUCAUCAUGUCCGACACAUUUAGUCACAGCACAAAGUUCUAACUGGGCUUCUGAAUUUUUUGAACCAAAGGAAGACAAAA